AUAUUAAGAAUACUAAUUCUAAACUUUGACAUCAAAUCGUUUAACAAAAAACUCUCCUUAAAUGGCAUAACAAAAACAGUUUUCCGAAUGCAGUUUAUUUCACACUUCCUUUUGAAAAUGUAUGCUAGAAAUAAGAAAUCAUUCAAUCCAUUCACUGACGUGUAUCAGUUACGUUUCGCGUAAUUUCUCUGUCUGCCGGUCUGCGCUUGUUAUUGUUCGGUGGUUAGUUGAGUGAAAGAAUUUCAAUGAACUGUUAGUAAUAUUUUUGUUCCUCUACGCGAAAUCUGACGAAAGGAAACGGAAUAAUUUUGCAAUUUUUUCCUAUGCUUUUGAUAUAAAGGCGUUUUGAAUUUGGAAUCAGUUCUAGUAAUAACAACCAGAAAGAUGGUUGCACGUAUGGUUGCUUUAGUUAUUCUUGUGCUUAUAUGCCUGAGAAUAAGCAACGCAGCGCUCAACUUAAACAUAAGUAGCAACGGUUCACAAUUUGUGGCCACCGAUGACUGGCAAGAAAUUCUGGAAGGUCAAUCGAUACCUCAAGGAUUACACGUUCGUAUAAAUCUUCAAACUGGCAAAAAGGAAGCGAAACUGUUGAGCGAUGACGAAGAAGGUGACAGUGCCAGCUCUAGAGAUUCGUCUAUUUCGACGAUCCCAGGAGAGGAAAUUCAACACCAUGAUGCCUUGGGACCUAGUUUGUCGGACACUAGAAAAAGGCUGGAAGCGGCUCUGAAGGGUAUUCCUGGAGAUGAUUUCAAGUUCGAUGAAGAACAGUUGAAAAAAAUCAACACCAAAUAUAAAAGCUAUGACCAAAUCAAGAAAGAUCUAAAAGAAGCGCAUUUGGAAGUCACUAGUGACAGUGACAUAAUGAACAGACUGUUCGAAAGAUUUGAGGAGCUUUAUAAACUAUCUAGUUUGACUGAGGAGGACGUUUUGGAUGAGUUAGCGCUCAUGUUCGAGGAUAUGCAAUACUUGGCUCAUCAAAUUGAUAACGCUCUUAACUUCAUCGAUAGACAAGGUGUUGAAAAAAUUAUUUGGCCCAGUCUAAACCGAACGGAGACCACCGUGAAAGUCAUGGGUUUGAGGUUGUUGGGUACCGUCGUGCAGAAUAAUCCCAAGGCGAAAGUUGCGGUAUUCGAGAGAAACGGGGGCGGAAUACUACUGGCCACCCUGUCUAAGAGUAUAACUUCAGACGAAGUUUCUGCAGCACUUUAUGCACUUGGAAAUUUGAUGCGAAAGUUUCCCUACGCGCAAUCAGAACUGCUGAAUGCCCAGGGUUAUAGUCUUCUAUUUAGUGUAUUCGAGCAAAACAUCGAUCUUCGAGUGAAGGCCAAAAUGAUAACAUUGAUUUCAGACUUGGCACAGGAUUACGCGAAUGCUCUUGCCUCAGGGCCAGACAUUGAUCUUAUUACGAAGGAACGUUAUGAGUCUACGCUUUUGUUGGAGGGUCUUCGCAAGGCUAAAUUUUGUGAGCGAUCUGCUGACUUUUUCCAACUGAACAAAGCAGGAUUUCUGCAGGAUGAAAAUCUCACCGAACAGAUAGUAACCGCUUUGUCCAGUAUGCGCAGUAAUCUGUGCCACGAAACAUGGUCGAACUGUCCACUUCUAAGGCAUACUCUACUGGUGCUGCGUAACAAUCUCGAUACUCGAUUGGCGGAAUGUGCUGGCGAUGAAAAUCGUUCCGAAUAUUUAAGAGAGUCUCAGCAAAGCAUCGAUCGAUUUCUGACUGAGCUGUACCGAAAAGAUGAGUUGUGAAUACUCGUUUAGUAGAAAAUGUUAAUAAAUUAUUACUUUCAAGCCAUUA